AGAAGAUAAAACCAAUGCACCUUUUUCUUCAUAUUUUACAGUACCUCUGCCACCAGAUCAACCCCUUUCUCCCUCCCUCUUGUUGAUCAAGCUUUGAGGCCACGACAACCACAACUCUGCGUCUGUGUAUCACCCGGAAAACCUUUCAUUCAGUUUCCAUUUCUUUUCCGGUGGUAUUCAACUGAUCUCCACCAUUAUUCUAUCUCUCUCACAAAUUUCUUGAUUCUCUCAUCAAUGGCGGAACAGCGCUUAAACUCCUCCACCAUUGAAGAAAGAGAGGAGUAUAUGAUAUCACCCACCGGAGGUUCGCCGACCCUUAGAAAAGCAUAUUUUUUGAGACCGACGGCGACCUCCGUUGAAGGCCCGUCUCUGAAGCUUCCAUCUCUCACCCCAAAACCUCAGUGGCCGCUGAAGGUGGCUUUUAAUGGCUGGAGGUAUCCACUAAGAAACUGGAGAUCAUGGGUCCAGACCAUGCAUUCCAGGUACAGCUCGGUGUGGAAAGACGCUGGGAUUUACGACGCAGUUACGGGGUCCAUUUACAAAAUCCACAGAGAUGAAGAUUUAGUGUUUGGGAUUGCGGAGCUAUGGUGUUCUGAAACCAACACGUUCUUUUUCCCCUGGGGAGAGUCCACCAUCACAUUGGAGGAUAUGCUGAUCUUGGGCGGUUUCUCAGUUGUGGGUGGUCCUGUUUCAUUGCCUCUUGAAACUAAACAACUGCUUGUAAUUGAACAUUUUUUAGAGGAAAGCCGCAGAAAUCUUGCAAGACUCAGAACGGAUAGUCAUUCCCAAUGGUUGAACCUGUUCAUGGAGAGCGGCAGCGUGUUUGAGCACGAAGCAUUUCUUUCCCUGUGGUUGUCAAGGUUCGUUUUUCCUGGAAACCAUCUCGAUAGAAUUGGUAGCCAUGUGUUUUCUGCAGCGAUCCAUUUAGCUAGAGGAAGGCGAUUAGCGCUUGGUCCAGCUGUUCUGGCGUGCAUAUAUAGGGACUUGGGCUUGUUGAGGGAGUCAAUGGCUGCAUCAACUAAAUUAUUGAGUGAAGAUGACAGUCUUUUGUCUCUCACCCUUUUGUCGCCAUUUAGCCUUGUGCAAGUUUGGGCUUGGGAAAGGCUUCAGCCACUGCAGCCGGAACCCAACUUCAUUAGCUCCGGUGGGGUGCGAGUGACUCGUUGGAGCGGCCCAAAGAAGUCCGUGAUUGGGAAUGUGAGGCCGGCUAUCAAUUCUGCUGGAGUGACUUUCCUGUGGCGGCCGUAUGCCCUGGCUAUUGAUAACUGGUCAUUCCCCGGCUUUUACAAGGAAGAAGAAGAGUUGAUCAAGGGGGGAGGUCUGAGUGUAGAACUGGAGUCCUUUCUUAGGUGCCUGAGGGCUUCCCUGCUUGUUGGGAUAGAUUGCCGAGAACCUUAUCUUCCUCAUAGAGUUGCAAUGCAAUUUGGAUUUGAUCAAGAUCUUCCAAGAUGGAUUCCCAGGGAAAAUAUGAGCCCGGAAAUUGCAUGGUACAAUUAUAGCGAGUCUUUGAGUGAUGAUGAAAUGUUGUAUCUUCCACCUAGACUUUCUGAAUCUGACGUGACUAUCCGGUAUCUAGAAUGGUGGAGGAGAGCAGUGCUAUGUCCAGUGGAUGCCUUUAAAGGUUUGGUGAAACAACGAAGAAGUCCUCGGAAACCACUCAAAUAUCUCCUAGAUUCAGAUCAAAUUAUAUUGGCCAACAAUCCUGAUGGCCCUCCACAUUUUCCACUCAAAUGUCCGGGGAAACAGAAAAAGAAACAUCUUCUUUUUCCUUUUCCUGCUCCAAAUUCUCUCAGUAUUGCAGUUGGAAAACCUUCUCCAGGAACCCAACCAGUAAUAAAGCUAGAAGAAGACGUAGCCCAUAAUAGUGAAGUUCCUGAAGGAGGACAGAAUUCUACUGCUAAUGAAUAUCUCCAGAAAUUGAUACUAUUAAAGACAGCAAAUGAUCCUGAAUUUCCACCGGGUUUUCCACCAAGAUGUGAUGAGGCUGCAACGAUCAGCCACUCUUCGGUGGUAAUCUGGCAACCUUGUAGCAAAAUGCACAACAAAGAGAUGAUUUCAUCAUGUGAUGGGAUUUCACACUCUGCACAUGAAGAGAAUCUUUUAUCUCCAGUAGCAGUUGUUGGAUAUCUUACUAGCACGCAAUUGGAGAUGAAUCUAAACAAAGAUGUUGCACAGAAUGAAGUCGGGGACAUAACCUCAGAAACAGUGGCAUUCGAGAAGGUCUCAACACAAGUCAAAGGUAGGAAAAAUUCUGAUGUGAGACCAGUUAUGGUUGCAGAGUAUUUACAUGGAAGUAACUCUGAGGAACCAAACAAUAGUUCUUCACAUUUCAAUCUGGCUGCACUGUCGGAUCUUGAAGCCCGUAUCAUAAAGCUCGAGAACAAACUUGCUGCAUUGAGAAACAGCGAACGCUUGCGCAGGAGAAGUGCAAACAGUAAUUGAUUUUCACCUGUCUUGAGUGUAGCAGAGCUGCAGCAUCAUAUUUUCGUUGUGUUGUCUGCCAUUUUGGUUUUUUUUUCAUAUUCUGAUAGGCAAGAUCAGUUAUUGAACAUGGGCUUACCGUGAGAUUGUUCAUGUCAUGCAUAAGGAGUUUAAAGUGAAAUUAUGAAUAU